AUGUUUGCAUCUGUUCAAGUAAAUAUCCCUUUCAUCAAGGCUCUCCAACAGAUGCCUUCAUAUAUCAAGUACAUGAAGGAGCUGCUGACCAAGAAGAACCCAUUGAAGGGUGGACAAAUGGUAGUUAUGAAUAAGGAAUGCAGUGCUCUCAUUCAGAAGGAUUUACCUACAAAGAAGAAGGAUCUAGGGAGUUUUCACAUCCCUUGUGUUAUAAGGGAUACAAUGAUUGAUAGAGGAUUCUGUGAUCUAGGAGCAAGCAUAAAUCUCAUGCCUUUAUCUCUCAUGAAGAAGCUGCAAAUUAAUGAGCUGAGAUCCACAGAUGUAAUCCUUCAACUGGCUGACAAGAAUCAGAAACGAGCAGAAGGAGUGGUUAAAAAUGCACUGGUGAAGGUUGGGAAGUACUUACUACCCACAGAUUUUGUUCUUUUUGAAAUGGAAGAAAGCUAUCUCCACCCAAUCAUUAUGGGGAGAGCAUUCUUAGCCAUUGUUAGAGCACUCAUUGAUGUCGAACAAGGGGAGUUGAUAUUGAGAAUACACGACGAACAACUCACCUUUCAUGUCUUCAAACCCUCAUAA